AUGCCGCGCCCCACCUCGCUCUUCCCGCUGCUGCUUCUGCUGCUGCCGCCGCUGGCCUCGGGCCUCGGACUCCGCGCCACCGGCGGCCGGCGCCCCGAGUGCGGUCCGUGCCGGCCCGAGCACUGUCCGGCGCCCGCGCGCUGCCCCGCGCCCGCGAUUGCGGCGCGCGACGAGUGCGGCUGCUGCGCGCGCUGCCUGGGCGCGGAGGGCGCGAGCUGCGGGGGGCGGGCCGGCGCGCGCUGUGCCCCGGGCCUGGUGUGCGCCAGCCGCGCCGCGGGGGCGGCGCCCGAGGGCACCGGGGUCUGCGUGUGCGCGCAGCGCGGCGCCGUCUGCGGCUCCGACGGCCGCUCCUACCCCAGCGUAUGCGCGCUGCGCCUGCGCGCCCGGUACACGCCCCGCGCGCACCCGGGCCACCUGCACAAGGCGCGCGAUGGCCCCUGCGAAUUCGCCCCCAUGGUUGUCAUUCCACCCCGGAGUGUCCACAACGUCACUGGUGCACAGGUGUACCUGUCCUGUGAGGUGAGGGCUGUGCCCACCCCUGUCAUCACGUGGAGGAAGGUCACACAGUCUCCUGAGGGCACUCAGGUGCUAGAGGACCUUCCUGGGGACCAUGUCAAUAUAGCUGUCCAGGUGCGAGGGGGCCCUUCUGACCACGAGGCCACAGCCUGGAUUUUGAUCAACCCUCUGAGAAAGGAAGAUGAGGGAGUGUACCUGUGCCAUUCAGCAAAUGCGGUUGGGGAGGCCGAGUCCCACGGCACGGUGACAGUUAUGGAUCUGAGUAAAUACCAAGUCCCCCGCUUCCCAGCUCCAGACGACCGCAUGUGAUGGAGCAAUGUACAUGUUCUAAGUCAUUUUCGGGUCUUAGCAACCUAAUGACGAGAUGUUGGAAAAGUCAAGUCAUGGAUCAUUUUUUUUUUCGUGAAGAGUUGGAGAAACUGUUUGUAGAUGACCCCUUUUGUAUGUUUUUACAGAUUAGAUGCAAACUAGAUUCGUAUGCAGAUGUAGUUUUUAGCAGGGCAAGCAUUGGGAAACCAGACUGCAUGUGGCUUUUUUAUACUUUUGAAAUGAACUGCUCUGUAAGAAUUCUUUUUUAACUACUCCCUCCCAGGGAAGGUCACCUGGUGGUAUAUUUGUAAUUCUAAAGGGCUGGAACAAGGCCUGUUUCAGCCUUGUGUCUUUACCUCAUCUGUCUGUGACUGAUUAGCAAAGCUCUGUGACUUAGUGUGUGUUGUAGAAGGAGGGAGAGAGUCCCACCUUCAUCCUCUGCCCGCUCUCUGACUCGCUGUGUGACCUGGAUAGGCCCCUCCCCAUUCUGGACCUUUGUCUCUAGCUGUUUGGACCAGCUGUUACCCGGGUCCCUUGGAGCCCUGCCAUCCCAGAGUAAGGUGGCCCUGUGGAAAAAAUACAGGAAGUGUAGUCUUAGCAUUCGUUUUCAAGAAUGCUCAAAACAGCUGCCACCGCUUCAGAGUGGGUGUGGAGCUGGCCACAGCUCUUCUGUUCCUGCCAUUUUCCCACCUUAAAGAGAUGGCGUUCUAGAUGGGACACUUUACCAGACUCCGGAGCCCCUUGGCUGGGUGCUUGGGGACCAAGGUGUCCCUUUGUCAACAAGCCCAGCAUCCUCUAACCAGCACGGCAGGCAGGGUGAACACGGAUGUCCCAACCCCCUUUGCAGAUGAAGAAACCAGGCUCCGAGAGGGAGGCGCUUGCCCAAGGUCCAAGGGCCUCCGAGAAGGACCAGAACUUGGGGCACCCUUUCCAUGCCAUGGUGCUGCUUCUCGGGAUAAUCUCAUGGCAAUGGAAAGGAAGGGGCUUCAGGGACUCUCCUCCUGGUCCCUCUCAGCUUUUACAGCAUACUCCCAUGCCCCUUCCCCCUAGGUAUCACAUUCUGGUAUCCUUUUUGGAAUUGCAUUUUCUCCCUUUGAGCCUGGCCGUUCCGUAUCUGAAAUAUUGGGGUGGCAUCACCCUGAUGUACUACAUGGCAGGAGCAGAGCCUGAAAAUCCAGAAACAUGAGGUCCAUUUGGGGAUUCAUCCCUGGCUUGCUGCCUGACCCCAAGCAAGUCCCCUCACCUUCUGGACCUCCGUUUCCUCAUUUGAGUAAGAAGGCAACGAAACUAGAGGGUAGUUUGCAAACUUUAAAACAUUGGAACCCCUUUCUUUGAAUAAAAUCAGAGUUGAAACUGA